AUGGCGGCUGAGGCAGAGGAUGGUUCGGCACUAGCAACGCGGGAAGCUACAAAGGAGAGAACAUCUAAAAGAAGCGUCACAGACGCGUAUCCUGUCAGGUUUAAUAUCCCCGAGGCUGACAAGGAACCUGGCUCUCCCUUAAAGGAGAAAAGUGUACCACGGGGCCAGGCCACCGCCAGCUUGCUUCUAGAAGCGCCAGCAGGCCACAGCCAAGAUGCUGCGAAUGCUCCUGGAAGAAAGCCCACUGUGCACCUCGGUGCUGAUGGGCGUCCCCUUCCCAUACUGAAGGGAAACAGGGGUUUUGGCUAUGCCCAGGCGCGGCGGCUCGUAGAACAACUGCGAGUUAAAUUCGCCUUCGACAGGAAUGAGACGCGCUUCUAUUGCCCAGAUACAAGCGAACACGCUGAGCCACCUCCCGCUCCUGCCGAAUUAAGAGGAGCCGUCCUAGGAUUUCUGAAAUCGUCCAAGAGGGUAAUUCAGGAAGCACAGGAAAUUGCUGAAAGCGCCGACCACCAAGCCGAAGAAACCAAGAAAAUUGAGGAAGAACUGACAUCAAUGACACAAGAAUAUGUGGAAAAGCUUGAGAAAAGAAAGGCCAUCCAGAAAGCAAAGGCUAAUCAAGCAAUCGUCGUAUCCUCCACGAGGCCCCAGCGGCGUUUCCUAUGCUGUGGUGGCUCACCAGUAGUGCCGUGA